AUGAAGCGUCCACGCAAUGUUGAUUGUGGCAAGCUAAGGAGGCCAAUGAAAAGGAGUAAAAUAACGGAUGGUAUCUAUGGAAGUACGUUCCUGUACAUGAGAUUCCUGUUGGUAUGGGCUCUUGUUCUGAUGGCAGAUUUUAUUUUGGAACUCCGUUUCGAAUAUCUCUGGCCAUUUUGGCUUUUGCUACGCAGUGUUUACGACUCUUUCAAGUACCAAGGACUUGCCUUUUCUGUAUUCUUUGUUUGUAUCGCUAUAACAUCAGAUGUAGUAUGUUAUUUAUUUAUACCUGUUCAAUGGUUAUUUUUUGCUGCUAGUACUUAUGUAUGGGUUCAGUAUGUUUGGCAUACUGAAAGGGGUAUAUGUCUUCCGACAGUGUCUCUAUGGUUACUCUUUGUUUAUAUAGAAGCUUCUGUUCGAUUACGCGAAUUAAAAAAUCUACCCUUUAAUUUAGAUCUAUGUAGGCCCUUUGCAGCCCACUGUAUUGGUUAUCCAGUGGUCACAUUAGGUUUUGGUUUUAAAAGUUACAUAUCAUAUAGGUUACGGUUGCGGAGACAGAAGGUAGUCCAAAAAGAAAAUGAUUUCUAUACACAAUUAUUAAGUCAAUCUUUACCACCAGAAUUACAAUAUACUAAUAAUAUUACUACAGAAAAACAAAAAGCCUUAACGCCUAAACCAGAAGAGGAGGUAAUCUCAAAUGGGGUCGCGGGUAAAAAAGUAAAAACAGAGGAAGACAAAGACCGUGACAAAGAGCGGGAAAAAGAGCGUGAUAAAAAAGAACAGGAUAAAGAAACUAGUAGAGACAAUAAAAAACAAUCUAAGUCAGUGGAUGUGAAUGAAGCCGACGAGGUUGAAUUUAUAGAAAAAUCUUGGCCCAAAAAGUCAAAUGUGAAUCAAUUUGAUGAAAACACUGAGAACAAUGAACAGCAAACUAAGUCAUUUAAAAGUAACGGUAUGGCUAAAAGUACGACAGCUAGUAAUAAAUUGAACAGUUCCAAAGAGAAUACUAGUAGUGCUAAUAAAAAGAAUAAGAAUUAUAGUAAAGAUUUAUCACCAGCAUCAUUCACUAAUAAUAAGGAGGAAGUUAUAGUCAGGUUAGAGAGUGAUAUGAAGAAAGCCAAAAGUGAUCUUCAAAGCAGUCGAAAUUUAGAACAAGAGUUACGUUCUCAGAUAAAUAAUUUAAUCAGUUCUGAAAAGUCCCAACAAUCUGAAAUAUUUCAACUACAACAAGACAAUGAUAACUUACAGAAUAAAUUACACAAUCUAGUAACUGGUAAACAACAAGAUAAACAAAAUAUAGCUAUCUUAGAAAAAAAAUUAGCAGAAGAACGAAAAUUACGGACCUCACUAGAUCAACAGCUGUCUGCUGAACGUAAAGCCAAAAAAGUUGAAGAUGCUGCUGCAAGAGCUGUUGCCAUGGCAGCUGCUUCUAGAAAUGAAUGUACAGAGAGUUGUAAAGCUAGAAGAAGAGAAAGUGAAAAUGACGUGAAACUGCUAAGAAGAGAUCUCAAACUUCGUGAAGAUCAAUAUAGAAAUUUAGACGUGGAAAUUCAGACAUUAAGGCAAAUUAAAGACAAUCAGAAAGAAAAUGUUUUGAUGGCUGCCCUUGGUGCAAUGCAAGACAAAAAUGCUGAACUGGAAAAUAGUCUAACAGCUGAAACUAGGUUUAAACAAGAGUUGUUUUCUGCAUUAGCUGAAGAGAGAAGACAGAUUAAAAUUCUACAAUCAUCCGUGGCUGAAAGAGAAGCUGUUAUUGUUGAAUUGAAAUCAAAAAUAGCUGAAGUCAUGGCUCUUAUACCAAGUACAACCACUUAUCAGACCCUUAACACAGAAAGAACCUCCUCUCCAUUGUUUUCAGCCAAAUUGUGCCAGGAACAAUACCCCACACCUGCCACCUCAAACCUCAAUCCUAACGCCUCUGACUAUACACCUAAGAUGGCUAUUUAAAUAUGGUGUACUGUAGUGCAGUGUCUGUUUGGUUUAUGACAAAAACAUUUAGUGAUAAAAUUACUCAAUAGUUCUUUUUGAAUAAAGAAAAAACAAAAGAAGCUUUUUUUGUUCGGAAUUGGAAUCUGCUAAUGUAUGCUGUGGAAUAUUUUUAAAUCCCAUCCAAAUAUGGUAAUAGUUAUAAUAAAUAUUGAUAUUAAGCGUGCAUGUAGGUAAAGGCCAACAAAAUUCUUUGAGAUAUUCAUGUAUUAUUAGGCAAAAAUAAUGAAAUUGCAAUAACACAAUUUGUAAGAAUUUCUGCAAGAUAAGCUGAAGAAAAACAAAAUAGUAUUAACUCUAGAAAGUGUUUCUUAAUGGAUGCAAUUAUUAGUCUUCCUGAAUAUUGCUGUUCGAAUGAAUUAUGCUUAGAAAUUGCUUUUGACAGUGGACUCCUUAUUUUGCAAUUUAAACAUGCAAUUGGCCUUUAACUCAAAUUUGAAAAUAUAUUCUAAUUGUUUGGAUGGGAUUUAAAGAUUUAUAGAUAUAAUGAAACAUUAAUAUAUAUUAAGCUACCAACUGCCUAAUGUCCAAUAGUAAUAUAUAAUUACUCUAUUAGAAAUUUUAAAGGUAUUCAGUAAUCAAACAUUUAAUAACUUGAACCAAUCUUAUUCAAAUGGAAAUCUCGAUGUUUCGUUUCAUGUUUUUUCUGCAGGUUACUACACUUGCCAACUAUCAUCUGACAAGAUUCUUUUUAAAAUUGUGUUCUGUGGAAUUUUGCCCAACAGAAGUUGUCAUAAUUUAUGCUAACCAAUCAAAUACUGGACACAAAAUACAAGUCAAAGGUUAACUUAACCACAUCAGGAAGUCUUUAUUGGACAGAGCAUUUGAUUGGUUGAAUAUUAGAUUAUCUAGAACAGGAGAUGCAUAACAAUUUCAACAGAUCAAGGAUGGCAAAUGGAGUUAUCUUCAGAAACAAACACAAAACUAAACAUCCAUAUUUGCAUUUUAAUCAGAAUGGAGUAGAUAAUUUUCAAAAUCUAGUAAACUUUCUAAUUUGUAAAGAUAGUGUGUUCAUCACUUGGCCAUGUUGUGUCCAAGGUGGAAAGGGGUAAAGUAGUUUUUGAAAAAAUCUAUGUUUAUGUUUGAUUAGAGAGUUGAUCACCUUUAAUGGUAUGAUUUAAUAAUCAAUCUCACAGGCAACUGCACUUCUAAAUGAUCAUGUAUGGGGAAAUUUUGUCAGACAAAAAUUAGAAAAAAAAACAUAUGAAUGUGUAUUGUGAUUAAAUGAAAUAUUUUUUACAUUGUAGUGUUUAUGUGUUUUAUAAAAACCACAGAAAGUCAUAUUUAACUAGAAAACCAUGAAAUUCAGAUAUUGUGUCCAAAGAUUAACUUAUUUUAUGAAAAAAAAAACAUAUCAUUUAUAAAAACUUAAGGUUAUAUAUUACCACAUUGAAUGGAUGUAUUCAUUUCAAUUUCUUUUUAUCAGUAAUAUCUAUAUUGAAAUUUACUACUAUUUCUUAAAAUACAAUUUUGACAAUAUUAAUGUUAACCACACCAAUUUGAAUUUUGGUUCAUCAGAAAUAUAUCACGAAAGGAACAAGUCAAAUCUUUUCAGAAGCAAUUUAAAUCAGUUUUGCCAUGUACUUGAAGUGACAUGUUUGGUAUGGACCACAUGUGGAUUUUAAUUUUGACAAUAGCUACAGAUAGCUGGAAUGAGAUUUUUUCAGAUAUAAAGUUCUAUCAUUAACAUUAAUAAAGAGGAUAAUAUUCACAGGGUUUCAAAUAAAGUGCUAAUAGCAUUAUAAUACAUGAAGUAGUCCCUUAGUUGUCAAAAGUGAAAAUUCUGAUGAGCUACAAAUCAAUUUGGUGUGGUACUGCCAUUUCGCCCUGAAGAAAAAAAAAUGAAAAAAAUUUGAUACUAAAUUCAUCCAUCAAAAAGAUACUAUAUUAUUUCUUUGAAGUUAAUUUCAUGUGCCCUUAGUUAUUAUUUUUAACCCACCAGACAUUUUGAGGACUUGCUGAUCAUAUUUACAAUUAUAUGUUUCUUGGAAUAAGGUUUUUUUUCUCUCUCGUAAAAUUCAUUUAUGUUUUAAGUCAAAUAGACAAGGACAGAAAAUAUUUCAAGUUGUAUUGAUUUUGUUUCUUGAGUAAU